UUGAAAGAAUGAAGUACAUGCCAGCAGGUCCCCUGAUGGACAUCACAGUCAAUGCUGGGAAGUUAGAUGUAGUGUACCUGCCACACUGGAUCUGCAUAGAUGACAAUCCUAAAAUAUUAGAUAAGUUUGCAGUCCUACACAUAGAUGACUGUGGAGAUGUCGUGGAAAAAGUGUCUGAGGUCACAUCGUCCCAUGUCAAGCUGUCUGACCCAGAUUUCUCUCUAUUAUUGGUCCUGUUGGACUGGUUGGGCCUUCCAGUGGAAAUAUACUGUAUGGUGUUAAUAUAUAGCAAGAUCCUCACAGCAUCAUCUCAAACAUCCCUCACACUCCAUGUUUACCUGAUCCCAUCUGAUCUUGGUCUACAAGAGGAAUUGGAUUCAAGAGAAAAAUCCUAUGGGUUCAAUGGAAUCCCAAAGUCAAAACCAGAAAAGUCCCUGAAAAUGCAAAAUUGGUUCACCUUAACGACAGAUCAGGAUGGUGCAGAGAUUUAUCCUGAAGGCGAGAAACCCCAGCCUGGGAACUGGGAAAUCUGCCAGCUUAUGAUCAGCUGUUGAUACAGGAAAUGAUAAACACAUUCAAAUAUCUGCAGUCAUGACCAUGCCUGGCUCCAUGUGGUCUUCCAUUUUAGCCA